AUCAACGUACAAGUCAAUUCCGUGAGGAAUGAGUGUCGAGUCGUCAAAGUUCUCGUAGGAUAAAGGGGUUGGUUUCUCGUCAGAUUUUCCUCUGUUUUUCAAAGUCAAAGAGCGUUGCCAGCAGGAGCUCACAAACAUGAUAUGAAUGGAAAUAUUUGUAAACUAAUCCAGUCCUGAAUUCAAAGUUCGCAGCAACGUAAUUAUAAAACGUUUGACUGACGAUGUAGCGACAACAAUGCCACUGGAAUGGAUCACGUCAUUCAUUCAUAUCCUCUAAACGGCAGAGUCAGAGAGAAGAUAAAAAAGGACGUUGCUAUUGCAGUCUGUGCUUUGUCAAAUAGCAAUGGCGGAACAGUGGAAAUACGUGUUGAAGAAACGGAAGGUAACUUGGUUUCCACCACGACACUCGCCUCCUUGACUCGAACGCUAGAACAGUCAUUAAUAUCCCGGUUUGGAGCUCAUAUAACCAACUCAGUUGACUUUGAUGAGGUCAAACAUGAAAAAAAUAUUUUAAUCACAGUCACUAAAGGCCCAUUACUCGUCGCAUUUAAAUGCAAUCUUUAUCGUCCCACUCGAAAACAAGUUGAGCUCAUUCGCAAUAUCCCGGAUUCGCUGGAAUUAAUAAACACAAGAUGUGUUGAACCAGUCGAACUUGGCUCGCACCAGAAGACAUUCCUUAAAGGUCAAGACUGUGGUUUCGUAGAAAAUGAGGUUAUUCAAUUCAAGCUCCUGAAAUCAGAUUCAUCAAAGCGCGUCACACUCGCAGAUCGUAUGAUUGGUAAAAGUAACAAAUUCAGUUGUUACGUAUCAGCGUUCGCUAACCACAGAGGUGGUCACAUUUACUAUGGUAUUAAUGACGAUGGCAUUAUCCAUGGAGAGAAAACAGAAAAAAAUUCUGAAAUUCUGAAGAAAGUUGAAAAAGCCAUCCAGAAGAUGAUCUGGCCUGACGUGAUUGGUCAACCAAAACGAGGAGAGCACUGGGAAAUUUUCUUUCAACCAGUGCUGGGCGAGAAGUCCAACCUUAUCCCAUCAACGUUUGUGAUCGUGAUCUUUAUCGCUCGUUGUUGUGGUGGAGUGUUCACAGAGGAACCAGAAAGCUAUGAAAUGGUGGAGGGAAAAGUUAAAAGAAUGUCGUUCACAACAAUGAAUGAGGAACUACAACAAUCUAUUGGUCUAUACAAGAGAAAGCCAGUAAUUCCUUCCGCAAUUAAACGUAUUUCAUUAAGCCCAGCAGCAGAAAAACGUUGCAUUGAGGUUAAUGAAGUUUUAACCGAGGACAUAAAUAACGUGAAAUGGAAAUCUUUUGCACAAUCGGCCAAGCGUUUUGAACAUCAAAAAUAUCCGGGGAAACUUGAAGUAAAGUUAAUGGUAUUUUUGAGGAAGUUGAUGGCAACAUAUCGACAAGGCAACGAAGCGUCUAACUUGUUUACUGAAUACCGAGGAUGUUUCUCGCGAGCAGGGGAACCUUUUGAAAGUUUUUUUCGAUUCUCGGAAAAAGUAGUGGCGCGCGUGUCUGGCAAAGCUGCGAGUGAAUCUCGGGAUAUCUCAACUGACGCUUUAGCCAUCGCGGAAAUGAUGGAGCACGGGCUUCUUACUGCUGCUGCUCUUUUGAUUGCGGCUUUGGUGUAUGAUAGUCGAAACGACAAAGGACCUUCGCCGGUGGAACUCUGUCUCAUGGCAAUGGAACACCUGAAGUAUGUUGAAGAAGCUACAGUGGCACGACCAGACAUGAUUCAUACUGCACAUAUCUUGUUAGCAGCAUAUUAUCUGGGAUAUAAUAUGUCAGGAAAGAUGAUCAAAGAACACAUCGAUAAAGAGAGCCUUCAAAAAGCCAAAACAAGUAUCAUGACAGUAAAUGAAUCAGAUUGUGAUGGAAAUCGACUUAUGCCAUACAGGGAAAUUUGGUUAACAUUGGCACAAGCAAUACUUUACAAAAGGCGUGCACAACUCCAACCUGAAAAGCAAACGAAAUUCCUCAGCGAUGCGUUUAAGUUGGCAAAGAAAGCUGAGAAUCUCGCUAAAGAUUCUGGUCUGAAGGAAAUGGUUUGCUGGGCUCAGACUGCAAUUGCUUCUUGUACUGAGGCAUUAUUACGUACAAAUUUUCUGAAAACAUAAUCACCGACGAUAGAGUUACUCUACUACUGAAAGAGUUAAAACAAAGUAUAAUGGCCCUAAAGUAUAUAUCAUAGGCGCCUCAAAUUUUAUACAAUCAAUUUUAUUCAUAUAAUAAUCGUUUCAUUGCUGGCCAAAGCUGGUAGAUGUUUGGCCCGUUUCAGACGUCGAACUUUUCAUGUGCCGAAUCAAAUGCAAAUGAACUUAAACAAACACUUUAGCUCAUUUAGCUCAUUAACAUAAGCUAGGUUCAGCCUGGGCUCAGCACAUAAAAAGUUCGACGGCCGAAACGGGCCUUACUGUAUUUGUAGAUCCAAUCUAGCACAACGUUCUUGUAGUUCUAAGGUUGCAUGGCAACUCUCAACAAUAUGUGAUUUAAAUAUAAGUAUGCAAUAAUGAAAACUUUAUUAAUCAAUUUUUAGGUUAUAUGCAUGCAAUUGUAAAUCUUAAGAUACUGAAUACCGGCUACUUCAAUCAAUGAAUGACUAUAUAUACUUAUGAUAAUACACACAAUAUC